AUGGCCUUUUAUAGAUAUAGGCUGCUGCUGGCUGCAGCAGCAGUGCUGCUGUGUUGGAGUUCAGCAGCAACAGCAGCACCUGCUGCUGCUGCUGCUGCUGCUGCACCGCCUAGAGGCAAAGGUGCAGCAACAGCAGCAAAGAAUGCUGCAGCAGCAGCAGUUAAAAGAGCAAAUGAGGGGCGCGCUCCAUUUAGCCCCAAGUUUGCAGCUAAUCAACCUAUAGAUGCAACAGACGACCCUGCAGCAGCAGUUCCCGCUGCUGCUGCUGCUGCUGCUGCUGCACCAGAUGCAUCCCAGGAUGCAGCAGCAGCAAACGCUGCACAGGAUCAGAAUGUAAAAACUCAAGAGACUGCAGCAGCAGCAGCAGCAGAUGCUGCUGCUGCUGGGGAGGAGGCUAUUGAUGCCGCAGAUCCAGCUGCUGCUGCUGCAGAUGGUGCUGCAGCAGAAGCAGCAGAUGAGGCGGCAGAGGCGGCAUCUCUUGCUGCAGCAGAAGCUGCCGCUACUGCAGAAGCAGAAGCUGCAGCGGCAGAAGCUGCUGCGGCGGCUGAGGCAGCAGCAGCAGCAGAAGCGGCUGCUGCAGCUGCUGCAGCAGAAGCAGCAGCAGCAGCAGCAGCAGAAGCCCCUGCAGACAUAUUGGAGGCAGCAGCAGCUCCUGAAGCAGCAGCAGCUGUACCAGGCUGGGAUGAGGCUGCUGCUGCUGAGCUUGCGUACGAUGCAGGAGCAGCAGCAGCAGCAGCACCUGCAGGAGCAGCAAAUGCAGUGGAAGAUACAGCAUCUGCUGCACCAGCAGCAGCAGCAGCAGCAGCACCGCAGCCAGCAGUCCCUCGCUCUCCUAGCAAGGCCCAGACCGCAGCAGCAGCAGCAGCAAACAGAAACCCGUACCGUCAGCAGCAGCAUCCCGAUCCUAAGCAGCCGCAGCCGUACGGUGUACCUACAGCAAACCCUAAACAGCAACAGCAGCAGCAGCAGCAGCAGCAGCAACCGUAUGCAGCAGCAUACAUGCACACACAAGAGUUCGAUGCUGCAGAGCAGCAGCAGCACAUGCCAUACUAUGAGACAGCACACCAUAGAGACACGAGGCCUAAAUGGCGGCAGCAAGAGCAGCAGCAGCAGCAGCAGCAGGAGCAGCAGCAGCAGCAAGACUCCCUUGAAGAUGAGGGUGACUAUGACCCCUUCCAAGAAUUCGAAGAGCAGCAGCAGCAGCAGCAGCAGCAGCGCAGAUCUGCUGCUAGUGGUGCUGCAGCAGCAAGCGCAUAUGGAGAUAUGGACUCUCUGCUGCAUGCUGAGUGCCCGGCUUAUGCUGCUAGACUACUGCAGCAGCAGCAAGACAUGUUAUCUGUACCUGUAUGGAUAGAAGGACUAAUAGGGGAUAAAAUCGCCGCAGCAGCAGCAACUGUACACAGAGCCGUUGCUGCUGCAGCUACUGCUAUUGCUGCUGCCAAUGAUGAAGCCUUUAACAGCUACCCCGUUGUGUGGCUCAUCUGCUUCAUUUGCUUCAUGCUGCUGAUUGUCUGUCGUCUUUUAUUUGGACAGUUCUUCCCUCUGUGGGGCAGCAGCAGCAGCAGCAUGCGCAGGCAGCAGGAAGCAGCAGCAGCAGCAGCAGUUCAGUUGCUGAUGAAGCAGCCACAGAUGCAAGCACUUCUUGUUAACAGCAAAAAGCUCUCGCUGCUGUGCGGAUCUGCUGCUGCUAACAGUGUAUCGACACCUAGCGGCAGGUCCAUGGCUGCUGCAGGGGCUGGUCCUCUUGAGGCUGAGUCAAUGCAGCAGCUGCAGCUGCUGCAGCAGCGGCUAACACGCUUCUUAGAUCAACAGCAGCAGCAGCAACAGCAACAGCAGCAGCAGCUGCUCAGCCAGGCGCAGCAACUCUCCGAGGCAGUGGAGGCACAAUCACGUUUCGCCCUCUUCAUGGCACAAAUACUCAAGCACAUGUCUAUGAAUGGGAGCCAGCCGGGCCCCGAGCUAGAUUUGCCGGAGUUUAUAGGAAAAGGGCAGCAGCAGCAGCAGAGCCUUGCUGUUGCUGCUCAAGACCUUGUAGAUAUGGUGUCUCCUAGGCUCGCCUUCCAGCCAUCAGCAGAGCUCCAUGAGCUCGCAAGCACAGCAGCAGCAGCAGCAGCAGCAGCACCUCCUCCACCUCUGUCUAGCAUGAGCAGCAGCGAAUCCCAUAUGGUGCCGCAGAUGCCUAGGGGGAGCCCGAUGUUGCUGCAGCCACAGCAGCAACAGCAGCCGCAGCAGCAGCCGCAGCAGCAGCAGCAUUUCGAUAUGCCCCCGCUUCCCCCGUCGCAGCAGCAGGAGCAGCAACAAGAUGAUUCUAAGCAGCGCAUGCUGCACCAUCCUCAGCAUCCUGGUGGUCCAUUUGCUGACGCAGGACCACCGCAGCAGCAGCAGCAGCAGCAGCAGCAGCAGAUGCUGCAGGAGUCUCUGCUUCCUCCUUCUGUCUCUGACAUGAGGGACAGAUUUGGAUCGAGUGACUCCACGCCCAUGAGGCGCACAAGUUUUGAAGGACCAUUUGAUGGUCCUAUGUCUGCUGCUGCUGGAGGGACACCAACAAAUGUCUCACAGGUGGAGACAUCUUCUGCUGCAGAGGCAGCAGCAGCAGAUUUCUUACCAGGCUCUGCUCAUCUGCAGCAGCAGCAGCAACAGCCGCCGCCUCCACCGCCGCCGCAGCAGCAGCAGCAGCGCCCUAACGGACUCCCAGGGCCCCCUGCGCCGACCCAGGGGCCCCCAAGGCCCCCCCUCUCUAAUGGAGGCCCCGCAUUUGCUGGUGAGCGGCGUCUCAGCUAG